AUGGCUUCUUUCUACAAGACGGCAACAGCAGUGUGCCUCGUCGCACUCGGUGUGCUCCAAUCAGAGGCACAGCAGGGCAGUGGCAGGGGAGGGGGGGAGUCUACGACGUAUAAAUUUAAAGUAGUGGAGGUAGAUGAAGACGCCUACUUAGCCGCCAACUUGGCCCGUAAUGGAAAGCUCCCGGUUCACAUCAGUGAAGUCACGAAGGACGAAAGCCUAGUCACUGACUUGGCGGCAGAAGUAACACCCGAAGUACCGCCUACUGCGGAGAACUGCACUGCAUUGAUAACCCCCAAACUGAAGGCUCGCUUCCACUACUCUUUCGAGCACGACCCCAACUCGGAGUCCAGUUUCGACUACCGUCAAUUACUGCAGGAAGCUCUUGAAGCGGGACUGAAAGUCUUCAAUGAGGAGUAUUUCAACGGACUUAUAGAACGAACCACUCAAUUAAAAGAUAUGACAAAAGACGACCUGAAGAAUUCGGUUGGAAAUGGCCCUGUAGCAACGGCCUCUACGAUUCUAAUUGCCGGUUUGGUUGCUACGCUGACAGCUGUCUCUGCCUAG